UUCUCGCGAGAUUCUCGAUGUUUUAGCUUUGGUCCUGCUGAAAGAAAUUGAAAGCAAAUUGUGUGUUAGAUACUAAAAUACGUGGCCUGCCUCAAACGUCUUUUUAUUAUAACUUUAAAGUUCCGGGUCGAGCUAUCAAAGCAGUGUUAAUCUCGGAAGCAGAUGCAAACAAUCCUGCGUGGUUUAGCGUGUUCGUUUAGACAGACGGGUUCACAGGUUUUAACACCGAAUCAAGCCACCAAACAGGAUCUUAUUUCAUGGUUGCAAAUGUCGUCUGAAAGUCAGGCCCUAUGCUCAACUAGAAAAGUAGAGCUAUCAGAAGGCAGCUUGGAACUGAAGUAUGUCACCGGGGAUCUGUUCUCCUGCCCACCGGAUGAAGCCCUGGCCCACUGCAUCAGUGAGGAUAUCCGCAUGGGGGCGGGGAUAGCAGUGAUGUUUAAGAAGAAGUUCAAAGGAGUGGAAAGGUUAAAAGAGCAGAAGAAGGUACCUGGACAGUGUGCAGUACUGGCUCACCAUGGACGGUUCAUCUACUAUCUGAUCACGAAGAAGAAAGCCAGCCAGAGACCCACGUAUGAAAACCUGAGAAAAAGUCUGGAAGACAUGAAGUCUCAUUGCCUACAGAAUAAUGUCAAGAGAAUAUCAAUGCCUCGUAUUGGAUGUGGCCUGGACCGACUGCAGUGGAAUAGGGUGGCAGAGAUCCUGAUACAGGUCUUUGAACACACAGAUAUCUCCAUCACAGUAUACAGCCUGCCCAAGAAAGAAGAGACCGCAGUGAUGGAGGAAAAUAUGCGUAGAUAGUUUAUGGUUUUGUUUAUUAUGUGUAAUCUUCCCUGUAUGCACUUUUCUGUAUGACUCCCACAGUAGUGUAAAAGCCGUUAUGUAAGGAGUAAAUUCCAAGUGAAAUAAAUAUUUUUCUUCUUUUUUGUAACAGCGUGACACAGAACUGCUCAGCAAUGGUGUUAAUGAAAAACCACACUCAGCAGUUUUCUGCUCUCUCACUACAGUGAGGCUCCUCCUAUUCAACAAAUUAAGAUUUUAAGGCAUUUUUGAUCAAUUUUAGUGUUUGACUUUUAAUUUUUACUUUAGAGGGAUUCUAAAAUAUUUAUUUAGUUUCAUUGUUAACCCCACCCCUUAUCGGAAAAGCAUACUUUUUAAAAAUGGGUUUUAAAACACUAGUUAAAAGGUUUAGGUUAAAGACUGUUUGCUUAAAUACAAAUUUAAGCAUGUAGUAGAAUAACAUAGCUAAUGACUUUUAUAUUCCU